UAAUUUUAUCCAACAUUAAAGCAUCUAAUUUUGGUUUUCAUUUGGUGUAUCAAAAGAUAUGGCAGGCUAGGUUUUUAGGAAUUGAUGGCUUUAUUUCAGCAAUUUCUGCAACAGUAAACCGAUCAGUUGGAAUAAACAGUCAACACCCAUGAAACGUCGACUGAAGCUCUCAGGUGAAAUGUGAAAGGUCAUUAACUGAACCUGUUUAUUUUGCAGUUUAUUUCCUGCAAAAUAAGUGCAUGCAUGUCAACCAUUGGACCUCCUUAAUGUGUAAUAUUUAUGCACUGUUACAUUAAUAAUGCAUAAAUUACAUUAUAUUUUAUGUUGGUUAUGCUAUAAUUGUUGCCAUGCUUACAUUUACUCUUUUUUGAUUCAUGCAGGAAUAAAAUUCUCACUAUGCAUCAGUAGAAGAUUCUUUAAAGAAUACAUUUACAAGAUAUUUUAGUUUUACUUGUUUUUGUAUUUUACUGACUUCCUCUUAUACAGACAUUCAUUUUCUGUGUAAAGACAGGAAAUAAAGAGGUCUAGUUGUGUGACCAUUCACACUACCUACAUUAAAUUGAUAUUGCUUAUAGAGUAUAGAACCUAUUAUUUUGUUUUAUAAUUUCAAUUAUUAGCCAAAAAAACACUUUUAGACCUUCAAGAAGUUACAAAAAAUGUCUGACACCAAUUGUUACCAAUGGGAUUAAAUGGGUAAUCCUAACCAAAGUGUUAUUCUUCCACUACAUUUUUCUUUUGCAGGUGAUUAUCUUCAAAUAAUAAUCAUGGCCUCUGUAAAUACUUCAUCCUUCUACUUUAUUCUUAAUCUUUUCUUUCUGCUGCUUCCUGUUAACCCUUUGCUGGCGUUUUCAUUGAAAAACUGUACAAUACUUUACAAGGAGAACGUCUCUGCUGAUGUUUCUGUGGACUGUAGAAACAUGAACUUUGUGACUGUCCCAGAUUACAUCCCUAAAAAUACUGUGUCAAUACAACUUGGACACAAUCAGCUCUUAAAUAUUAAUUUAAAAGACUUUGGCGGCAGGUCAAAGCUGAAACAUCUGAAUUUAACAGUGAAUGAAAUUGCUUAUGUUGAACCAGGGUCAUUUAUCGACUUGGUUUUAUUGGAGACACUUGAUAUGGGAAAUAACAAACUUACCAGUCUGACAGCCAACAUGUUUCAAGGCCUGUCCAGCCUCACAGUUCUGGUCCUCAGCAAAAACAAGAUCCAGCAGAUUCAUGAAUCUGCUUUCCAGUGUUUGGCCCACUUGCAAACUCUUGAUAUCGCCUUUAUUCCACUUACGAAAGUUGCAGAAAUUCAACCAUUCUUCUAUCUCCCACAGUUACUUACACUUAACCUAAAAUACAUCAGAUUUACUACUUUUGACACCAAACAUCUCCCUUUGAAUCUCUCCUUGAGUCUUGAAGUGUUGGAAAUUUCUACUUCUAACUUGAAAGUCUUGGCCAUCAUUGGGCCAAUUUCCCCUUACCUCCAGACGAUAGACUUCUUACUCACAGAUGGUGUAAAACAGGUGUUACUUGACAAAAGCUUACUAAAGAACAUAACAAACUUGGAUGUUGCCCCAACAGUGGAUUCCUUUGAAGGAAUCCAUGAAGUUCUGGGAAGUCUUGAAAGACUCAGAGUUAUAAAUUUUGGAAGUGUGGAUGAUUGGAUUGCAAAGGGCCUUCUACCUGCAGUCUGCAAGGUACAAACACUUGAGAAGCUUACUAUUUCCCAAACCCAUUUUCACAAUUUUAUUACUGACCUUGCAUCGUGCGCCCAGCUCAGAGAACUUAACCUGGAAGAUACUUUCAUGUUUAAACUGUCAAAAGGUUCAAUGCAAACAAUGACGCAACUGCAAUUCCUAAAUUUGGGUUACAACAUGCUCACCGAAGUUCCAGAGGACAUAAAGAGCCUCUCUACUCUUGAGAUUCUGAUUUUGUGUGAAAAUGACAUCUCUGUGUUGAAAUGCGAUGAUUUUUCCAACACCACACGUCUGAAGGAACUUUACCUGAACGGGAACCGCAUAACCCAACUGGAAAGGUGUAUUACUGAAAACCUCAUCAAUCUAAAGGUUUUGGAUAUGAGUAACAAUCUGAUGAAGACAUUCGGAGACUCUUUCAAAAUUUCCCUGCAGAAACUUGAGACCUUAGAUAUCAGCCGCAACCCCAUAAAGUAUCUGGAAACAGAUGUUUUUCAAUAUAUGGAGGCUCUCAAAGAACUGAAGGUGGAAACCUAUCAUUUUGUAGACGUACCUUAUUUCAGUGGUUUAGAGAACAUUGAAAAUAUAACAAUCUACUUACAUACAGACAUGACUUCCCUAAGUCUUCAAUCAAACAAUGAUAAACCCUUUAGUGAUGUUAAGACAAUGAAGCAGCUAACUUUAAUCGGAAGCAGCAUUACCCAAUGGAUGCCCUUUCAUACAAUUAGGGAAAUGCUCAGAGCUUAUGGAGAUCUGGGAACCGUUGUGAUUUUGAAUAUCUAUUUAAAUUAUUAUGAAGUGGAAACAUUUGAGCUGAACCUCCAGCUAAAAAGUCUGACGUUAUCAUUGACGGAUUUGUCCUACUUAAGCUCUAAAUUCUUCCUGCUACUCCCAAACCUGCAGAACCUGGAUCUCUCCAAGUCUAAACUCAGGUCUUUGGAUUUUCUGGUCCAGGCCAACCUUUCUGCUCUCAGAUAUUUGAACCUAACUGGCAAUGAGAUCAAUGUUAUUAGUGAGACAGUCUUCCAGUCUCUACCCUCUCUGAGAUUCUUGGAUCUAGACAACAACCCGUUCUCAUGUGACUGUUCAAAUGCAGGCUUCAUCCAUUGGGUAGUGACCAACCCCCAAACCCAGGUGGUGAACGCUCAUCAGUAUAAAUGUUUCUUUCCUGUGGACAAACAAGAAGGCUUGUUACUAGAAUUUGACGUUCAGUCAUGUCGAGACGAUGGCAGGUUUCUAUACUUCAUUUCCAGCACUUGUCUGGUUGUUCUGACUCUCCUCUCAUCCUUCAUCUAUAACUUCCUGAGGUGGCAUCUCACCUACACCUUCCACCUCUUCCGAGCCUUUCUCUACGACAGCAGGAAGGGGAGAAAAAAAGACCCACAUCGGUUUGAUGCCUUUGUGUCGUAUAACGUCCAUGAUGAGGGCUGGGUUUACAGAGAGAUGCUUCCAGUGUUGGAGGGACAGCAGGGCUGGAGACUCUGUCUGCACCACAGAGACUUCCAACCAGGUAAACCCAUCAUAGAGAACAUCACUGAUGCCAUCUACAGCAGCAGGAAAACCAUCUGUGUGAUCAGCAGCAGCUACCUGCAGAGCGAGUGGUGCUCCAGAGAGAUCCAGAUGGCCAGCUUUCGCCUGUUUGAUGAGAAGAAGGACGUUCUUAUUCUGCUGUUUUUAGAAAACAUUCCUUCUCGUCAUCUGGCUCCAUAUUACCGCAUGAGGAAGCUGGUGAAGAAACGCACCUACCUGAGCUGGCCUCAGGCUGCACAACAUCCGGGAGUUUUCUGGCAGAACGUCCAGAGAGCUCUGCAGACAGGGGGCGCUCUCACUGAAGACACGGACCUGCUGACCGGACCGGCAGGACUUUGAGAAAUGUACAAUGGCUGUUAAUGUAACUUAAACAUUAAGAAUAACAAAAAGAAGUACAAAUCAAGUCAUACAGUCACGUUGCACAUCAUGUCAUCAUAAGAUUUAAAAGCAAAAAUGGAGAAGAGCUGACAUUAAUUCUUCGUACCACGAAUAAAAGUCAGAUCAGAGCAUGAAUUAAUGUACAGAUUGGCUGUAAACAGUGGGUUGAGCAUUAUUUUAUGUUUAUGGCAUCUUUGUUUUUCCUUUUUCCAGGGUGAAUCAGUCAUUUCUUGCUAUCAUUAACCCAAUUUUUGGGUUUACAUCAGGUUUGUGGCGUAUCUUCUUCAUUUCUUCUAAUAUAUUGUGACCAUUUCUCCUUGCAGUGAAAGAAUGAAUUGCUUACAUCACAUGUGCCAAACUCAAGGCCCAGGGGCCAAAUCCGGCCCCCCAAAGCUUUUUGUGUGGCCCUUCAGACUCUAAAUUGACACUUAAUUAGAACAGUCAAGAUAACAGUGUGCUUAAAUGUGAUUUUAACAAUCAAUUUAACACAGUUUUUCUUUGUUUACUGCCAAAUUGCAUCAAUUAGUUCCUCCAAUGUCUUGUGAGUUAUCGUGGAAAUUCACAAAAAAUCAACAAAUCCCUGCACUUUUUCACGGUAAUGCAAAAUUGAGUUUAUUGCAAAUUUUCCGGAAAAUUUGUAAAAACAUUGCAUCUAAGUGACGGUUUACUCCCACCUGCAAGUGGCAGUAUUUCUUACUUCCACUGAAUAUCUGCCUCACUAAAAGUUACAAUGCAUAGCGAUAGUGCAUAGUAUCAUCAUACAUAAGCACAUAUAUUUAUAAAUUAUUACCACAAACAUUUCUUCACUGCAAAAAAAUAAAUCACAAAAUCCUUGAAUGAUGGAAAAGAUGUUCAAUAUUAUGUAAUUUGAAGAAUGUAUUUAUAUUUAACAGUUUAACUGGUUUCAACUGGCCCUUUAAGAACAUUCAUGAUCUUGACUUGAAUUAGUUUGGUUUACAUAACUAUUACUUAAAGCUUCUGAUGACAGUUUUAUUGUUUUUGCAUUAACUCUUUUUAUAUUUUUGAAUGUAUUUAGAACAAUUUUCCAUUGGUUUUCUAAUAGGAAACAAAAUAAUAAAUAAAACAGCAAUGAAAAGCUUAGCUGUUUCUGCAAUGUAAAGUUUUUCAAGACGUUGUUGCUAAAAAAGAUGCUGUGGGCAGAAUUAAAAUUUUUACUUCUGUUUUUUUUACUCAGUUCUUUAUAUAAAAGGAGGAAGAAUUAAUCUGUAAAUAAAACUUAUA